AGAAGAAGAAGGGGCGGAACACGACUGAAUACAUUUCCGCCAAUAACAAACCUGCUAGCUUGUAGCACCUUGAAGUGUAUUGCUUGUGCUUUCUUUUCUAAGUGUUUGCAAAGAAAAAGAAAUUUGCUAGACAGCGGCUAUUUGGAAGUGGGUUAAUUUAGAAGACGUUUUUCCUGGUAUUACACACAUGCUAUCAUUAAACGCCUAAUCGGCCGGUCAUGAACGUGAAUCAGCAAAUGGUUGCAGCUAGUGUUAGCUGACAGGCUAACGCCGUGGUAUGUUUUAUUAGCAGGUCGUUGGACGUUCGCUUAUUAACAUGUCCUGAAACACAGCGGGACCAUCGCUCGGCGGAUAACGGGUUUAACAAUUAAAACGUGACCUAGAGAAAAGCGGCCGCAGCUUUUCAGACGGUUCGGGUUGUUUCCUAACCGGGAAGCGUUACCUUCCCAAGUUUUUCACCAGUUCAGAACGCUCUACAGGUUUGAAAAAUGAAGAUGUUCUCAGUUGCACACAAGACUGUCUUCGUAGUGGACCACUGUCCCUACAUGGCAGAGUCCAGUCGUCAGCAGGUGGAGUGUGAUGUGCUGACAAAGAGCAGAGCUCAAGGGGUAAUACCAUUGGCCCCGGUGUCCAAGUCCCUGUGGACCUGUGCUGUGGAGUGUUCCAUGGAGUACUGCCGGAUCCUCUAUGACGUUUAUCCAAAGGACAAACUUGUUAAUUACAUUGUGAGUGAUUCAGAGUUUCACAUACUGAACAGUUGGAGGCGGGAAGAUCAGAGCACUCACGAGCUCAUGUCAGCUCUGGCAGCUGUUGGGCCACCAAACCCUCGCGAGGAUCCAGAGUGCUGCAGCAUCUUGCAUGGGCUGGUAGCUGCAGUGGAGUCAUUGUGUAAGAUCACAGAGCUGCAGCAUGAGAAGCGCACCGCUCUGAUGGACACAGCUGACAGAGUUGCUAACAGAGGCCGUAUUAUCUGCCUAACUAAUGCUAAAAGCGACACACAUGUGCGCAUGCUGGAAGACUACAUCCAGGAAACAAUUUUAGAACAAAACAAGCUAGCAGCAGGCUCAGACAGGCUCAUGGCCAUCCAACAGUGUGACCUGGUUCUAGUUCACAUCUACCCACAGGGUGAGGACACACUGGUGUCUGACCGGCCCAAGAAAGAGAUCUCUCCUCUGCUCACCAGUGAGGUGCACAGUGUUCGUGCUGGGAGGCACCUGGCCACCAAACUCAACAUUUUGGUCCAACAGCACUUUGACCUGGCCUCCACCACCAUAACGAACAUCCCGAUGAAGCCCACAUUAAAUGUUUGCGAACAGGAAGAGCAGCAUGCAAACACGUCAGCUAAUUAUGAUGUUGAACUCCUGCAUCACAGAGACGCCCACCUCGAGUUCUUUAAAAGUGGAGACUUACACAUGGCGGGGACCAGCACUCGAGAAAAUGGACUCAAGGAGACGGUUACUUUGAAAUGGUGCACUCCACGAACAAACAGCAUAGAGCUACAUUACUGCACAGGAGCUUAUCGCAUCUCCCCCACAGACGUCAACAGUCGGCCCUCGUCAUGUUUGACGAAUUUUCUCCUUAACGGUCGAUCUGUGUUGCUGGAGCAGCCGAGGAAGUCGGGUUCAAAGGUCAUUAGCCACAUGCUCAGUAGCCACGGAGGUGAGAUUUUCCUGCACGUGCUCAACAGCAACCGCUCCACCUUAGAGGACCCGCCCUCCAUCAGUGAAGGCUGCGGAGGCCGUGUGACAGACUACCGCAUCACUGAUUUUGGUGAAUUUAUGAGGGAGAACCGGCUAACUCCUGUGUCAGAAUCUUCCCAUGAUCCCUCAGGGAAGCUGCCAGUUGAGAGGGCGAAAGCUCAGCUGGAACGGCACACGCGAUACUGGCCAAUGAUCAUCUCCCAAACCACCAUCUUCAACAUGCAGGCAGUGGUUCCUCUGGCUAACCUGAUAGUGAAAGAGACUUUGACUGAGGAGGAUGUGCUCACCUGCCAGAAGACUGUUUACAACCUGGUAGAUAUGGAGAGAAAGAAUGACCCACUCCCCAUUUCCACAGUAGGAUCUAGAGGCAAAGGCCCCAAGAGGGAUGAGCAGUACCGUAUAAUGUGGAAUGAGCUGGAAACAUUAGUGAAGACUCACGCCGGAGCCACUGACAGACACCAGCGAGUCCUGGACUGCAUCAUCGCCUGCCGCAGCAAACCUCCAGAGGAGGAGGAGAGGAAGAAGAGAGGGAGGAAGAGAGAGGAGAGGGAAGACAGGACGGAGAAAAAUGGCAGCAAGGAGGCUGACGACAAGAGCUGGCAGGACUCAGAGAGACUAAAGGGUUUGCUGGAUAAAGAAGAUCAGGAGUCAGAGGUGAUCAAGGAUUCCCCAGACUCUCCAGAGCCACUCAACAAGAAGCCUCGCUUGACCUCAGAGGAAGUUCAGCCUGUGGAGAGAGCGAAAGGUCCUGUCUCACUCCUCACCAUGUGGAGCAACCGUAUCACUGCAGCCAAUUCCAGGAAGCACCAAGAGUUUUUUGGAAGAGCCAGCUCUGUGAACAACAAGUUUGAGUUGUAUCAGCACCUCAAAGACGAGAACGGGAUGGAUGUUCACGAAAAUGGGAAGGCCUCCAGAUGAUGUUUCCACAGCUCCAGUGCGUCAGCCUUUCCAUGGAUGAGAUUUUGGACCGCAGUGUUUUUCAGACCGAUGUCCUUCAAACAAGGACAUCCAAUUAAAAUAGAUGUUGAACUCUUAACAAGGAAUUUCUAAUUUUUUUACUCCUAAUUUUGUAGAUAUGCUGUUCACAUAUUGUGUAACACAAUAAAAGCUGCCAGUAGAGAACA